GCGGGGCCGAGCGGGUCGAGCCGGGGCUGAGCAGAAGAAUCCGGACGCUGCAGCGGGCGGGGCCCCCCCCCCCAGGCCAGGAGCGUACGGGCGGCCUCGUGGGGGCUGGGAAGACUGCGAGGCCUGGCGGGGUCGAGGUUUGCUGUUUGCUGGUCCGAGGCCCAGCCAGAGAUGAGGAAUCAGCGGCUCAGAGAGGUGAAGUGACUUCCUCAAGGCUGCACAGCUCGUUCGUAAGUGGAUGAGAGUGAAUUGGAAACCUGGAGUGUCCGGUUCCAAGGAGGUGCGGAGUUCGGGAGAACAGAAGAGGCAAGAGUCAACAGGCCACAGGAGCUGCCAGCUGUUUGGAAGCAAAACACUGCUGAAGGGGAAGCAAAGCCAGGGCCAGGCCCUGUGGGGGCCGCCAGCCAGCGGGUCCCUGAAUCUGCGCUAGGUGCUCAGUUCCCUCUGCAUGCUGCCGAUGGUGGAGACAGUGUCCGGGGCCAGGGGCCCUUUUCCACGGGCCCUCAUUAGCCCCCAGUUUUCAGCCGCAGGUGUGAACCAGACCCCCAUGGUAGAUUGUCGUGAUGUGUGUGGCCUGAAUGUCUCGGACCGCUGUGCCUUCAUCAGGACCAACCCUGACUGCCGCAGCGAAGGGGGCUACCUGGACUACCUUGAAGGCAUCUUCUGCCACUUCCACCCCAGCCUCCUCCCUCUGGCUAUCACCCUCUAUGCUCUCUGGCUGCUUUACCUGUUUCUGAUUCUGGGAGUCACUGCGGAGAAGUUUUUCUGCCCUAACUUGUCAGCCAUUUCCACCAUGCUCAAGCUUUCCCACAAUGUGGCAGGCGUCACCUUCCUGGCCUUUGGGAAUGGUGCACCUGAUGUCUUCAGCGCUCUGGUGGCUUUCUCGGACCCACGCACAGCUGGCCUGGCCUUUGGGGCCCUGUUUGGUGCGGGCGUGCUGGUUACCACUGUGGUGGCCGGUGGCAUCUCCAUCCUGCGCCCCUUCACGGCUGCCUCCAGGCCCUUCCUCAGAGACAUUGUUUUCUACAUGGUGGCCGUGUAUCUGACCUUCACCGCGCUCUACCUUGGCAGGGUCACGCUGGCAUGGGCCUUGGGUUACCUAGGCUUGUACGUGUUCUAUGUUGCCACUGUGGUUCUCUGCACCUGGAUCUACCGAUGGCAGCGGAGGAGAUCCCUGGUCUACUCCAUGCCAGGUACUCCAGAAGUGCUCUCAGAUUCCGAGGAGGAUCCGAUAUCUUCUAAUACUAACAGCUACGACUACAGUGAAGAGUACCGGCCACUGAUCUUCUACCAGGAGACCACAGCUCACAUCCUGGUCCAGGCCCUCAACCCCCUGGAUUAUAGGAAGUGGAGGAACAAGUCAGCAUACUGGAAGGCCCUCAAGGUGUUCAAGCUGCCUGUGGAGUUCCUGCUGCUUCUCACUGUCCCCGUCGUGGACCCUGACAAGGAUGAUGGGAACUGGAAACGGCCCCUCAACUGCCUGCACCUCGUGAUCAGCCCCCUGAUGUUGGUCCUGACCUUGCAGUCAGGGGCCUAUGGCAUCUACGAGAUAGGGGGCCUCUUUCCUGUAUGGGCUGUGGUGGUGAUCGCAGGCACUGCCUUGGCAGCAGUGACCUUUUUUGCCACAUCCAACAGCAAGCCACCGAGGCUUCACUGGAUCUUUGCCUUCCUGGGCUUCCUGACCAGCGCUCUGUGGAUCAACACAGCCGCCACAGAGGUGGUGAACAUCUUGCGGUCCCUGGGCGUGGUCUUCCAGCUGAGCAACACAGUGCUGGGGCUCACGCUGCUGGCCUGGGGGAACAGCAUUGGAGAUGUCUUCUCAGAUUUCAUGCUGGCCCGCCAGGGCUACCCACGGAUGGCAUUCUCAGCCUGUUUCGGUGGCAUCAUCUUGAAUGUCCUGGUGGGAGUGGGCCUGGGCUGCCUUCUGCAGAUCUCCAGGGGCCACCCGGAGGUGAAGCUAGAGCCAGACGGACUGUUGGUGUGGGUCUUGGCCGGCGCCCUCGGCCUCAGCCUCGUCUGUUCCCUGGUCUCCGUCCCACUGCAGUGCUUCCAGCUGAACAAAGUCUAUGGCUGCUGCCUGCUCCUCUUCUAUUUGAACUUCCUGGUUGUGGCCCUGCUCACUGAAUUUGGGGUGAUUCAUUUGAAAAGUGAGUGAAGCCGUGUGUUGGGGUGCGCCUAGUGGUCAGGGACGUCACUGCAGGAGUUGAGAUGGAAGAAGGAAGACGGAAGGCUUUCUGCAGGGCCUGCAGGGCACACCUGGCGGGGAGGGCGGCGGCUGUGUUUAAGUCCCCCAUCACUGCUGUGUGCAUGAAGAGUUAAGCCUUGCUUUGGGACUUGGAGACUGGGCUUGCUGUGGACAGUUCGAGACAGAAGGUUGAGACUUUCUUGGAUGGUCUCUGGAGCCCCUCAAAGGUUGGGGUUUGGGGUGAAGGGGAUGUCUGGCUGCCUUCCAAGCUGGUGUUGGAAGGCCACCCCUCACCCAUGUUCAGGCCCAUCCCUGUAAUUGUCACCUGCUGCCUUCCUGCAUCUUCUCCUCAGGGCUCAAACGGCUGCAAAACCUGGUGUAGGGAGUCAGGGUGCCUCGGACCCAGCGGACAGAGCACCUGUGUGCUGUGGGCCUCCGGCCAGGGUGGGCUAAGCUGUAGAGCUGUACCAUCUGACGAAUAGAAUGUGAGACAUUCAAAAACUUUAAUUUUCUAGUCAUCAUGUUAAUAAAGUCAAAAGAAACGGGUGAAAUUAAUGGUAAUAUAUUUCAUGCAACCCAGUGGCUCCAAAACAUCAGCACGUGGCGCUGACCUGGUUAGUGGCUGCCAUCCUGGAUGGCACAGCCCUAGACUCCACCUCUGUGCCCUGGACCCUGGGUUUCCCCAGCUGCAAAACAAGUCAGUUUCUGUCUGCGUCUACCUCGGGGGAGCCCAGGGAUGGGGUCCCAAUGCCUGCAAGCUCUGGGGAGGACAGCAUAAGCACUCCCAUCACCUUCUGCUGUAGCCAGGGACCUGCCUUUACAAAAGGCAGCUCUUCUGUGUGCCCGAUCACCUUAUGCUGGCAGUAAAGCGAUUCAAUUCCCUUUU